AUGGAGAAAGGGAAGGACCAUGCAUAUCCUAUAACACGUUCUACAGCAGAUUCAACAACAAAUCCAUCCACAAAUCCUCCCUCCCAGGUGAUACCAAUACCAUGUUACCCGGAUUUUUCAAACUUUAUGCAUGGUUGCCAUCCACCAAUGCCAAAUGCGUGGUUACGCCCAUUUUUCGAGCGUCUUGAAGUCAGUGCAUCUACACAAACUAGUCAGGGAAAUCCGUUGCCCCCAUGCGACUCGAAUCUUAACCCUUCGAGUGGUUUACACUCUGCAAGUUCAAGCCAUGUUGAUGAAACCCAAGAUCCCACACCUGAGUCUACUGGAAAAAAGGACUUAUUGUCUUAUUAUAAAAGAUAUGGGCAACAAUGCGGUUUUGGUGUAAUGACCCAGAGGAGCCAUAGGUUUGAGGAUGGGAGCCUGAGCUAUGUCACACUAGGUUGUGCUAGGGGUGGGAAGGCACAGAACCGUACAUCAAAUGUUGCCAGGUCACGUCCGACAUCAAAGACAGACUUCCACAAAAGUCGAGAUUUUUUCGCUGCAAUAGAAGUGAGCGAGUCCGUUAAGAGAGUGUUAGACAUAAAUGAUCAAGUUGAGAUAAGAAUGAACAAGAGUUUUGCCUCUCUUGUGCAAGAAGCGGGUGUGUUUGAGAACUUGUCAUUCAAUGAAAAGAACUGUCGGAAUUAUAUUGACAAGGCAUGCCACCUUCGACUUGGGAAAGGUGGUGCUGGAGCCAUCCGUGAGUAUUUUGCGCGGAUGCAAUACAAAAAUGACGGAUUUUUUUCAUUAAUAGAUAUGGAUGAUGACGGACGGUUGAGGAAUGUAUUUAGGGCGGAUGCACGAAGUAGGGCAGCCUACAAAUAUUUUGGUGAUGUUGUGACCUUCGACACGACCUAUUUGACAAACAGAUAUGAGAUGUCGUUUGCACCGUUUAUGGGUGUAAACCACCAUGGACAGUCGAUAUUGUUGGGCGCAGGAUUAAUUUCUAGUGAGGAUACAGAAACGUUUACAUGGAAAGAUGGUGUAAUUGCAACAUACAAUGUAGAAGAUGAAGUGAAUGUUGAUAAUUUCAUCAAGGAGGUUACCCACAUGGUGUACUUUAAUGAGGCUGAAUGUGAGGUGAAGUGUUCAUGUGCCUUGUUUGAGAUGAGAGGGGUAUUGAGUAGGCAUGUAUUGGGCAUUAUGAGAGUUAACAAAGUUCGCUCGGUGCCAGAAAAGUACAUACUAGAUCAAUGGCGGAAAGACAUAAAGAGAACGUACACGCUUAUACGAAAUAGUUAUGAUGGGGUUGAUGAGAGGCCUGAAGUAUGCAGAUAUUCACGUAUCAUCAAGAAAUGCAACGAAGUAGCCACAAAUGCAUCUCCAUGUGAUGAGCACACUGAGGAUAUGCUAGCUAAGUUAGAUGCAAUGAACUUAGGCUACCGCACGAACAAGUCGCCAUCAAAGGUGAAUGUUACAACAACUGCCGUGCCCACCACAACUGCCACUUCUAAGAAUGUACUAAGUCCCCAUGUAGUGAGAGUAGGGGUGUACAAAUAA